AUGUCCGACUUCUCCACUCUCAAGAAUAAACGAAGAGCAAAGGAAACGAAAUCAUUCGUCACUGCAAGCUCGACAUCCGUACCCGCAGAAGGCGCAGCAUCCCAGUCCCAGGCACACGAUGAUGGAGCCACUUCGAAUUCGCCCGAAGUUGCAAUGCAAGUUGAUUCGGAAGAAAAGCAACAAGCGAAAAGUCACGAUGCAGCGAGUACGAGCGCAAUCACGAUCACGCCUUUGGACUGCGACGGCCUAUACAAGUCGCUACCCCCAACUCUGGAGGUGCGAAUGAGCACAGGAGCAACGGGGAAUGGGAGAGGCUUGUACAGUAAAUAUUAUCGCAGACCAGGUGAUGUCUUGCUAUCGAUCAAACCCCAUGUUGCCGCUCUGUCGAACGAGCAUCUCGAAGACUAUUGCUCAAAUUGCUGUGCGCCGAAGACGACCAACCUGCAGAGGUGCACUGGGUGUAAGCUCUUACAUUACUGUGACUCGAAAUGUCAAAGCAGCGAUUGGUCCUUUCAUAGAUAUGAAUGUGCCGCGAUUCAAAGAUGGUCGGCUACCAUGUCAUCGGAAAAGUCUGGACAAGCACCUAUACCCGGCGACGCGAUUAGGUGCCUAGGGAGGAUACUCUGGAGAAGAAGAAAGUUGGGAAGCGACAGUAUCUGGUCGAGAGAAAUUGAUUCCAUGCAAUCUCACAGGAAAUCUAUAAGCAAAGAUCCCAACUCACAAGACUCGCAAACGUACACUCAACUCGCUCAUGCGAUCGUGCGUUUCCUCGGUCUCGAGUCACAGGAAGAGCUAGCGGAAUACAACCUCAACAAUGCCGGGGAGCUAGUGGAUCUCAUUUCCAGGUUCACCACUAAUACUUUCACGGUGUCUACCCCGGCACUGGCGCCUUUGGGCGCAUGUGUCUCGCCAUUGGUAGCACUGAUAAACCACUCUUGCGAUCCUAACGCAGUGGUUGUAUUUCCUCGGGCAAACUCAAGGAGAGAGGACGAACCCCUGAUGCAAGUUAUCGCCUUGAAACACAUUGCACCUGACGAGGAGGUGUUGACAGCGUAUAUUGACACCACCCUUCCACGGGAGCAUCGACAGAAAAUUCUAAAUGAGACAUAUCACUUCACGUGCAGAUGCCCUCUGUGCGCUCCACCACCCGCGAAUAGUACUCUGGACAUGCGAGAAGCGAUGUGGUGCCCCAAGAAAUGCGGUGGGAUGUGUCCGUUACCAACAGAAGAAAACAGUUUGACGAGGUGUAAUAGAUGUAAAACGCCUGUCAAGGACACGGACGCCGUUCUUGACGCUGUACGCGUUGGCCAGGAGGCGUUGCAUAAAGCUGAAGCACUCCAGUUUACCAAUCCAACGAAAUCCAUUCAGCUGACAACGAAAUUGGUUCCUAUUUUAGUAUCCGUCGGACUCGUACCGGCGGCGUACCCGCUCCUCGCUCUAUCCCGACUAUGCGCGUCAUUGCUCAUUUCGCAUCUUUCACCCGCCACCAGCGAUGUUGAGGAAGUCCUUUCACCCGAACUACAAUCCUCUUCCUUCUCCUCCUCCUCCUCCUUACCCGCCGUUCCGAUGAACAAACGCACUCCUGAAGAACAACAGGAAGCGCUGGACGACGCAAUUCGCGCAGCGACGCGCGCGAGCUCUGGGCUUUCGCUGAUUUUGGUAGAGGGACACCCCGUACGCGGGGUCGCGCUGGCUGAGCUUGGAAAGCUUUUGGCGGUGGAUGAGCCGUGUCCUGCGGGCGUUGAGCCGGGUUCGCAAGGUGUCUCGUCACCUGGCGCUCCAGCAAUCUCUCCAUCUCCACCUUCACCCUCACCUUCUCCCACACCGUUGACGAUGCAACCCACAUCCUACCCACCCUCCGGCCCACCCCGCCUAAAGCUCGCCUACGAAACGCUCGUGCGCGCGCGGGCUGAGCUUCUAGUCGGCUUUGGCAACGGCAAGAAUGAGGGCGGGGAGGUUGGGAGGGCUGUUAGGACGAUGGCUGUUGAUGUUGAGCGGGAGUUGGGGGUUUGGAGGAAGGGGGUUAGGGAUGCGCUGGAUGGGCGGGGGACUCGGAGGCGUGGUUAA